AGUGUGCAUAAAGCCCAUGCUAAUAAAGUAAACAAUGUCGGCGAUGUCACGGAAAUGUGAGGACAAAAUGCGGGGAUUCCGGGUUCUUCCGCAUAUUGCAGCUCGUGCUCGGGCGAAGCGACGGAGCCUGAAAAAUCACAUUAGUCAAAUCCCAAGCUGGAACAGUUCGUGUAGCGUAGGCUAUACUCCUCCUGGUGUUCUUCAGAUGCAGGCCCGGGAGCGCCUGGAGCGCAGGGCCGAGCAGAGGGGUCACGGUGAAGGACUCUGUGCCGCGUCCAUCCCUGAGGAAGGGCCCCAUCGCGACGGCCUGACCUACACUCUCCCCCACAGCCACAACCGAGCAGGCACCGGUCAGAGACAGAGAACCGCUCCUGUGUCUGUCCUCAGACCGCUCCUGUGUCUGCCCCGAGACCGCUCCUGUGUCCGCCCCGAGACCGCUCCUGUGUCUGCCCCGAGACCGCUCCCGUGUCUGCCCCGAGACCGCUCCUGUGUCUGCCCCGAGACCGCUCCUGUGUCUGCCCCGAGACCGCUCCUGUGUCUGCCCCGAGACCGCUCCUGUGUCUGCCCUCAGACCGCUCCUGUGUCUGCCCUCAGACCGCUCCUGUGUCUGCCCCGAGACCGCUCCUGUGUCUGCCCCGGGACCGCUCCUGUACCGCUCCUGUGUCUGCCCCGGGACCGCUCCUGUAUCUGCCCCGAGACCGCUCGUGUGUCUGCCCUGAGACUGCUCCUGUGUCUGCCCCGAGACCGCUCAUGUGUCUGCCCUCAGACCGCUCCUGUGUCUGCCCCGGGACCGCUCCUGUGUCUGCCCUGA